UCUAGGCCAGCCAAGCUCCAGACUGAAAACAAACAGAUAAAAAGAGCUCUGCAGAUUGGCCAUAGGACAUUGGAAAUGUACGUUAACACUACUGAGCUGCACACUUAUAAAUGAUUGAGACGGUGUUAGGUGUAUUUUAUCUACUUAGCGAUCCUGGCCCUCAUAAGUCUUAAAUUCCUGAGAAGGGGAUAGCGUUACUUAAGUCACCAAGCUGGGAAGAACUGCAUGGCCACACACACACACACCAUUCCAAGUGUGUUCUCUCCUCCCUUGUUUUCCCUGAGUGGCAGAGUCACUUCAAAGAGAAGUGGGAAGGGGAGGGAAGAUGGAGGGAGGGACUUAGAUGUCUGUAAUGUUCCCCAAGCCCUGGUGGUAAGUGUGGGUACACCUGUCCCAUCUCUUGACUGGUUCCCGCCUGUUCCCACCCCAGAUCCAGGACGGAGCUCUUGACACCAUGAACCCAGCCAUCGGCAUUGCUCUCCUGCUGGCAGUCUUGCAGGUAUCCCAGGGGCAGAAGGUGACCAGCCUGACAGCCUGCCUGGUGGACCAGAGCCUUCGUCUGGACUGCCACCAUGAUAAUACCACGAGCACACCCGUCCAGUAUGAGUUCAGCCUGACCCGUGAGAAAAAGAAGCAUGUACUUUAUGGCACUGUCGGGGUGCCCGAGCACUCCUACCGCUCCCGGACCAACUUCACCAACAAGUACAACAUCAAGGUCCUCUACUUAGCUAACUUCACCAACAAGGACGAGGGAACCUAUACCUGUGAACUCCGCCUCUCUGGCCAGCCUCCCAUGGUCUCCAAUCAGAAUGUCUCUGUGCUCAGAGACAAGCUGGUCAAGUGUGAGGGCGUAAACCUGCUGGCUCAGAAUACUUCGUGGCUGCUGCUGCUCCUGCUUUCACUCUCCCUCCUUCAAGCCACGGAUUUCAUUUCCCUGUGACUGGCUGGGCCCAUGGAGGAUACAGGAAGCCUCAAGGCCCAGUGCAGAGAUACUGCUCUGAGUCAGCUGACCCUCUCCCCCCAGUCCCUCACACACCUCGGGGGACAGACAGGGACCCCACCCCUUAUAAGGAAUCCCAGUGCUGCAUGCCUUCGUCUACCCCGCUAAACCGCCACCUCGCCUUCCCGCACACCGCUGGCUGUCUUUUUGUACUCUUUCUUCCAGAGCUGCUCUGUCUGGUUUAUUUACGGUUUACCCUUCCUUUCCUUUGGGAGUUUGUGACAAGUGAAGCCAGGGUUGGGGACCUGAUGAAGAAUGAGGAGGCAUGUGACAGGUAGAGCGAGGGAUACCAGUCCCUGAGGACGAAUCAUCCUUGCCCGCCAGACCAGAGAGAGCCCUGAAAGAGGAGGCUUGGAUGAGGAGGAUUGGGGUGUGUCUGGGCCUGGCACAGCACACUUGCUGUAACCAUGCCCCACCAAAAAAGGAAGGCACCUCAAGACCCCAGGUGUGAGGGCACUGCCAAGCAUUUGUGGCCUGUCACGUGAGGGGGAGAACUGAGUGUCCCCAAGAGAAUUCUUAGCAGAAUUCACAGCAGAAAAAAAAAAAAAAAGUCCCUUCUUGCUACUGCAGAAGUCCCCUGGGGACCUUGAGCCAGGGCACGACUCGGUGAAGAUACAGAGUGAGCCCGAGGAGAACAGUGACUGGUGGGCAGUUGGAGAAGGGAGUAGAGGUGAGAGUCCAUCAUCCCUCCCUUCCUCAGGAAGCUAAAAAUAAGAGUCUCUCUAUACUGCCACCUCCCGCAGCUAAAAAGGUGGCAGGGGAGGACAAGCCCCUUCCAGACUCUCCCAGGAGCUUCCAGAACUCUGACCACAGGCUCUACGUGGAGGGAGUCCCUGGAGCCACACGUCUGGGCCCAGGGAUCUAAGAAGACUCUUGCUUCGCUUGAUGGUCAAUGCAGGGCCUGAGCCCCAGACAGCCCCUCCCCCACAGCCUGCCUCAGGGACCUCAGGGGGCUGACAGCAGGCCAUGGAGUGAAAUCCCAGGGCCUCACAGUCCUCAGGAGAUGGCUUUUCCCAACACCCACCUCCCCACCCAGCGGCUCUGCCUGUCCUGUGACCACGUGUAUUACCGCAGCUUACAGCAUCUCAUUGAGGAAAAAGAAAACCUCACAAUAAAACCACACCUCUCGAGUCUGUCCGUGUGUCCAUCUCUGCUUCACUCCUCCGCAGUUCCCAGGCUGCCUCCUAGGCUGGCUGGACAUCUCUAAAGAGACCCUUGGGACACCAACCCUUUGUCUCCCCUUGCCUUCUCCUCUCCCACCAUCUGCCACCCCUCCUCCCAGGGACAGACCGCUGCAUGCCCGGCUUUGGUACAUUUGUCUAAAUAAAUGUCACCUCUUUGCUGACUCACCUGGCUGCUGUAACCGGCUCACCUGCCAACCUGUGAGCCGAGCCACAUCGCCCUGGCUCUGGAACACUGAGCAGCUCAGGGAGCAAGCGCUGAGGUGUGUGGCUGCCUUUGUUUCUCAGCCCCGGUUGUUCUCCCAAAAUCCCCAUCUGCAAUUGAGAGGGCAAGCCCUGGAGCACUGGCGGGGGAAUCUGUGGUCACUGUCCAUGUCAUCAAGGUGAGAGGGCAGCCGUCCAUCCUUCAACCCAGAAAGGACUGGGGACGAAGACUGUCCCACAUGGGCGCCCAUCCCUGCCUCCCUUCCCUGGAAGUAAUGAAUAAAAUUAAACAAGCAGCAAGGGCCGCCCUGGGUUUGGGGCUAGAUGGAGACCACAAGGUAUAAUGGGUUCCAACUGCUGAGAGCUGGUAAGCAGCCCCAGCCAGCCCGCCCUGCUUUGCCAAGGAUGACGGGGAGGCGGCUGACUCAUUUGCUAUUUAGUACUGGGUAGAAUGGUUUUCUCCGAGCAUUUUUCUUAAAAGCUCAGAUCUAAAUUAAUGCCACUUGCUCCCACUCUUCCUGUCACCUCUUGCCGACAUCUUUGCCUUGUGUUGGCCUCUCUAGUGACCAAGCCCAAAGAAG